CCGCCUUACGUGGGAAGCUACGCGUACGCCCAUAUAUAUCCGCUGCCCCAUCGCCAAGACAGCACGGUAAAUCAAAAAGAUCAGCGAGCUCUCAACUCUCAAGUUCCAGGGGAGGUAUAUACAAAACCGCGAAAAUGGCACAUGUGGGGGAGGAGGAGCUGUCCGAGUGCGAGGUGCUGUGGCCGGAGGCGCGCGGCUGCGGCUGCGGCGACGGCGCGCCGGCCAGCGCUUUGUUGGUCGGGUCGUCCUCGCCCAGGUUUUUCUCCAGGAACCAGCGGCCUUGUUCCACGGGCUCCCUUCCGGUGGACAUCCCGAUGGCCUCCGCGCGCCUUCCCCGCGGGCGAGAUGAUAGCUGGUGGAACGACGACGAAGACGAGGAGGAGGAGGCCGCCGGUGGCUGCGGCGCCAUGGUGCCGCCGCACGUGAUGGUGUCGAGGAGGCGGUCGGAGGCUGCGGUGGCGUUCUCGCUGCGGUCGGGGCCCGGCACGGCGCGCCGCGACCUGAACCAGCUCCGUAACUCCGUGCUGCGGAUGACCGGCUUCAUCGAAGGAUGACAAGGCUGACCUGGGUACCUCACCCGUCGUUUGUUCAUAGACUGGUGUCACCACUCGUUUUCUCGGCGGCUUUGGUCCGUCAAUUUUGUUCGUUUUCGCCUUCCCUGUAGUUCCCAAUCAAUUUUUUAUCUUCUUUUUUUGUUCAAGGGAGCUUCUUCGAGUGUGCCUCUUGAGAUCGGCCACCGAGUUAGCAUUCUCAGAAUGGAUGAAGCCGCGUUUGUUCGUGCUUCUUGAAAUUAAACAGAAUCCGUUAUUUCCA